AUGAAUCAUUCAAGUGCUUCUGUGCUUAGGAACCAAGAAAAUCAGAGUGCUAGAGCCACAUUCAUCCUCUUGGGCUUCUCAGAAUACCCAGACCUCCAGGUGCCCUUCUUCAUGGUCUUUCUGACCAUCUACAUUGUCACUGUUGUUGGGAAUCUGGGCAUGACCUUAAUCAUCAGGAUCAACCCCAAACUCCACACCCCCAUGUGCUUUUUCCUCAGCCACUUGUCGUUUGUUGAUUUCUGUUACUCUUCAGUAGUUACACCCAAACUGUUAGAAAACCUGAUCGUGGCAGAAAGAACCAUCUCCUUCACAAGAUGCAUCAUGCAAUUCUUCUUGGCUUGUAUAUUUGUGGUGUCAGAAACAUUUAUGUUGGCCGUGAUGGCUUAUGAUCUAUUUGUAGCAGUUUGUAACCCCCUGUUCUAUACAGUUGCAAUGUCCCCAAAGCUUUGCUAUUUUUUGGUGGCUGCCUCCUACUCUUGGAGUAUAAUGUGCUCUUUGACAGCCAUUUACUUUCUGUUGACGUUAUCCUUCCAUAGUACCAACUUCAUAAACAACUUUUUCUGUGAGCUUGCUGCCAUUAUUGCUGUGUCCUGUUCUGACCCAUAUAUUAGUCAGGAGAUCAUUUUAGUAUCUGCCACAUUCAAUGAAAUAAGCAGCCUGGUGAUCAUUCUUACUUCCUAUGCUUUCCUAUUCUUCACUGUCAUGAAGAUACCUUCCACUGGAGGACUCCAUAAAGCCUUCUCCACCUGUGCCUCCCACCUAACCACUAUUACCAUUUUCCAUGGAACCAUCCUUUUUCUCUACUGUGUACCUAAUUCCAAAGGCUCAUGGCACAUGGUCAAGGUGGCCUCUGUGUUUUACUCUGUGGUCAUCCCCAUGCUGAACCCCCUGAUUUACAGCCUUAGGAAUAAAGAUGUGAAGGAGACAGUUAGGAAGUUAAUCAAUACCAAAUUCUUCUGUUUUAAAAUCUAA